AUGGAUUUCAUUCAAUUGAUACAAAUGAAUGUUUUUGGGUAAGUAUAUUGGAAAAUUCUUUUGAAGCUUCUUUGUGCCUCUCUCCUUCAACACAUGGUAUAUUAUUAUAAUAGUGUUCUGUAUAGAAUAAAAAGUUGGUUCGCAAGUCCUUUUUUAAAGAAAUUGAUCAUAAUUAAUAAAAAGUGAGUCUUAAAAUAUGGAGUACAACGAAUUAAAACAUUGCUGAUGAAGCCUAUUUAUUUAGAAGUGUCUAAGUGAUUUUAGAUCGAUGUUACAAAACCUGUAAGACUUGUUCAGGCUAAUGA